AUGCGCGACGCGUUUGUGGCGGCGCCGGAGCUCGUUGAGGCGUACGGCGCGCAGCAGCUGCCCGCGCUGCUGGACGCACCUCCGUCGGACGGCGCGGCGCCGCAGGAGGGGGACGGCGCGCGGAAGCAGCCGUUCUCCGACCGCGUCAAUGCGCUGUUUAGUAAGAGGAUGACGUCACUGCGCCGCGACCUCGCACACGUCAGCGACCUCAUGCGCGACUCGCUCACGCCCGGCGGCCGCGCCAGCGACCCAGGGGCCGCGGCCGCAGCCGCCGCCGCCGAGGCCGCGGGCGGCGGCCGUGGCCCCGGCGCGGCGCGGGCGGCGGCCGCGGAUGCAGGCACGGAGCUGUCUUCGUUCCGCUCCGGGCCCAGCGCUUCUCAGGGCCCGUCCUCCGCCGUGCCGCCGCCCUUCGACCCCGAGGCCCCGCUUCUGCCGCCUGCAUCUUCCGCGGCCGGCGGCGCUGCCGAGCCGCGCGCGCCCCCCGCAGGGCCGGCGCCCGCCGAGGCGGUUUCGGGCGCCCCACGCAAGCCAGCUGGCGGCGCGGCGGCAGACGAGCGAGCAGUAGCAAGCAGGCUGGAGGGCGGCCUGGAGGAGGCGCACGGCGGCGGCCGGGGGUUGGCUGUUGAUGAUGUCAAGAUAGCAGCGCUCGCAGGGGAGGUGGAGCCGGGGCGGUGA